AUGCGCGCGACGCUCGGGUUGCGAAGAAGAGACGACGCGAGCGGGGGGUGGACGUGGACGGCGAAAGACAAAGACGAAGACGGCGGCGCGGAGGUGCGCCUGGCGAGCGUGGACGUGAAGGCACAUGAUUUAGGACGCGUCGUUUGCGUGCGAGAUUUCGUCGUCGUGACAGACGCGAGGAAUGGAGACGCCGUCGUCGUCGAGGCGAACUGCGUCGAACGCGCGUACGACGACGACGGAUUCGAGGAGUCCUUGGCUUGCGGACCGUUGGAAGACGAGGAUGGCGUGGCGAACGACGCUCGAGCGUUGAACGGGAAAUUAGGGGCGUGUCAUCGAGGUAUUUUAGAGGCUGUGAGUCCGAUCAUCACCACCGGUGAGUCGACGUUCUUCAUGUGCGCGCUUAGAAACGAAGACGACGCCGGCGCGCAGAUUCCGAUCAUUUUUAACGGAGAGUUUCUGGCGCGAUGGGAGUGCAUAUUAAGACAGUGCGUCGGUUCGAGGGUGGAGAUGCGAAAUUUACGCAAAGUCGUGUUAUUCAAGGGCGACGCGACGCACGAAUUACGCGCAUUUUCCGCCACGGCUGAGUUUCACGUGGUUAGUCUCACCUUUGGCGAGCGCAGAGUGCGUCGCUGCGCGUGCGCGUGCGCCAUGUGCGGCGCAGGGGCGACGGUGGAUAGGUUUGAAGGACACGUCGUAUCGGUUCGUACUAGUCGUGCGUACGCGAUCCUGCGUGACGCUCAAGGACGGGACGUCAAACUCACGUUUACGCACGUUCCUCUCGUCGACUCAAAGAUCGUCGUUUCCGGUUUGCGCGUCGGCGCGCGCGUCGUCGUAACGCACGCGCAUCCUGUUUGGCGAGUCGAUGAAUACAACGAGCGGGUCGUGGAGACGCUCGGUGUUGAUUUACGCACCCAAAUUGUGAUAAAGCGCACAUCGACGGAGAACGCAUCGGAAGGAGAGACCGAGAUGUACUCAGACAACGCGGACGAAAAGGCGAAUCGGUUUUCGCGCGUGCUCAAGUACGUCGUGGAACAGUCGAAUUUCGUGUACGCCGAAGCCGCCGCGGCAUGGCGGGAAGUUUUUGAGACCAACUUUGAUAUUCUGAACGAUUCUAGGCUGAUCGAUGUCGCGAGCGCCGAGUACGCGCUCGGGAAGACGGGUGAAGCGAGCGACGAACAAACCGCGGCGCCGCUGUUACUGGCGAUGCACGACUUGGGCUCGAAGGCGUUCAAACGAGCAGACGUUUACCGAGAGUUUUUCGCUCCGACGCCACUGGGCGGGGAGUCCAUCAGUAAUUUCGACGUCCCGACGAUAAACUCGUUGAAAGACGCCGUAUUUGAGAAGUGGAAAGAUGAAAACAAAGUCGCCGCCGCGUGCAAGCGCGGCAGCACUCGCAACGAAGGUAAAGUCGUCAUUCGCGCGACGGGGCGGUUGGGCGAGGUUGAUCCACCUCGUUACGUCAUGGGCAUAUUACGCUGCAUGUAUGGACGACUCCACGUCGUCGACGCAUCAGGAGCUGUGGAGCUUUGCAUCGAAUCAUUCUUGAAACGAGCGCCCGCGCCGAGCAUGUUGAACAAACUCGUCGUGCUCAGGGAGUGCGAAAUCAUGUGCGAAGGCGCGUACGUCGGUUCUCGCGCCGACGCGUUGAACCAUCACAACGCUUCGGUGCGCGUGAGUCUAUGCGUGGACUCGGAUAAUAUUGUCGUCAUUCAAAACCCGACAUCGAGCGCCAAAUCAGAGAGCCACGGCACCAUGUACGUGGCCGUCAAUUCGGCGACGAAGGGCGCGCAGCUGCUCCCGCCGCGACUCGCCAGUUCCAAGUUUUCUCAUCCUAUCGUCGCCCCGACGUGGACUUUCACAAUCGAUGCGUCGUCCGAAGUGAAACAACGUACGAGCAUUCAGGUCUAUACGGCGCAAGGGGGCGUAAAGACGUUGGACGGCGUCAUAGUGAACACGACGCACGAGUCUCGAAGCAGCGGCAGAAUCGCCGUCUCUUUCGGACCCAAGAACAGUUGGUUCUGUCUGCUUCGACACGGCACGACGUAUUUGAUUCCGAUCGUCCCGACUCUGAAUUCCGGGGCGACGACGUUUAUCGUCGACGAGCGUCCAGAUGUUGACGCUUUCGUGUUGCCCGACGAUGAAGACGACGAGAUGACGGCGACGCCCGAAGUGCGCGACGUGCGAGAUGUUCUAGUGUGGGGCAAAGUCUUCGCGAAACAUCUCAGCAGUGCAGAUUCGUGGCAACCAUCACCAGAACUUGUGUCAUUUAGGUGUAUCAUCGUCGCCGAAGAAUGGUUUGAGAGUGAAAAUCGUAGAGAAUCCCAAUCACAGUUUGGCUGGGAGCCGAGAUUCAAAGUUCAAGACGUCGAGACGCACGACGUUGUCGACGUGUACUGUAAGACGUCCGCGUUCAGCCUUCCCGUCGGAGUGGGCAUAGGAGCAAAAAUUACGAUUCAUCGCGCGAUGCGUCAUCUUUCUGCGGCGUCAAUGAACAUAUACGUCAAACUGAAUCCCGGCGUGACGACGAUUGAGAUCCACGAGCGAUGCGCGUCGACAUCUGAAUACCUGCCACUUUUGACGAAUAUUUCGAUGAGGCAGUCGAUUCGUGCACUCUUUGACGAAGAAAUGCGCAACUCAGGCGAGCGGCUGGUAAUCAGUAGACGAACGUUCGCGGUGCGUGCUCGAGUCGUUUCGGUGUCCAUGUUGACGGUUCGCUGGUGCUGUCCGGCGUGCGGUUGCGACGCCGGAUCACUCAUGCACGUGAGCGUUAACCCCGCCACUGGCGCGACCAAGCGCAGGUUACCCGCAGUUUUGGCUGGAUGUGACGUGUGUCGCCCCUCAGCACGUGGAACUUCGAGGCCGGGUGUGUUCGAAGUCGAGGCUUCUGUGAUUUUAGACGACGGCACGGCUCAAGCCGACUGUUGGCUAACCGGCGAAGCCGGAAUGGCGCUCACGCCGCUAGAAGUUCGGAACGAGAUCCUGGCGAUAGUGAAAAAGCAUGGUCGAGUGACGUCGCGUUUGAUAAAGAGUAGCGACGAGGAAAGAGAUCUGGGAGCUGUCACGGGCGGUCACGUCGUGCGCGGUCACGCCUCAAACGUUCUCGGCGGCAAAGAUUCCGCGGCGGUACGAACAGCCGUGUCGUACGCGACAUCUUUGAAUGAGAUGAUAUUCGAGUGUCGCAAGCAGUAUCGGUAUCACGAUGGCGAAGAUUCGUCGAGCCCACCGCACGCAUCAGCGUUUUCUUUCGCCAUCGAUCCAAAACCGCGCGAGGUGCGCGUCGGCGAGUAUGCAAUUUCGACAAACUGCUUACCGAUGCUUCGCUUCUGGUCUGCGAGUGCGAUCCCAACGCGUCCAAAAGAAGAGCUAAUGAUGAGGCUAUCACAAAUAAAACUUACUUAG